AUGGAGGACGAAAUCGAGAUGCUCAACCGGCUCGCACCCGGACACGCUCUAGGUGUCGAGUACAGCACGGAAAACGACACCCCCUCGGGCUCAGAAUUCGCGCCUUCUGGCCCACCCAGUCCUAGGGGGGAACCGCGAAUCAACGAGUCUGAGGCUGGCUGUCCGAACCUGAGAUCUCCAAGAAACCCGCAGCGACUGCUUCCGGGAGACGAGAUUGAAUAUGCGAGCGGUAUGCAACUGGCUCCAAAGGGUGUGCUUCACCCACCUGGUUCAAAGAACGUCCAGGACUGGAAUGACUUGAUUCCAUCUACUUACGAGAAUUCGCGGGGCGGCUCCAGACAGAGACACCAACCGGUGUAUUAUCUUGGUGGCUAUCGGUUCGAGUUCCGUCAUGAUCGGCCGCCAGACGAGAAAGCGCUUCAGGGAUAUGUUUUCCGGAGGGUCAUCUUGGAUGGAGAUGCUCCAUAUCCGCACCCGGUGGACAAACCUCACUUGUACAUGCUCAACGCCCUUGCGACGGUGGUGAAUAGCUUGGGCUUUCCACAAGCUCUGGUUGACGAGAUUGGGCUGCAAGUAAAGUCUUCUUUCACCGCACCUGGAUACAAGAACACCAAGUGCAUCGCGGACCACGGCAUUGUGGUGGCGUGGAGAUGUGAGCUACCAUGGUGGGCAGCAUACUUGCUCGCUACUUGGUUCGGUCCUGCUACAUUCCGCAACAGCAGAAUGCACACCAAGACAAUUCAGGAUCGCUACGGAUGGUCUUUCGAAUUCCAUACGAUGCCCUCGUUCCACAUGAUCGUCUGGGACAUCCUCAAUAUCAUCUGGAAGAAGAACACCGACAUCGCCCCCCUGAAUAUCCAUCCUCCAUUCAAGCCACAGCACGUUUUGCCACUAUCGACACCACGGGGGACUGAAGACGACGUAGGAUGGGGUCAGAACGCUAAAGCCGCCGUGGAGUACUACCAAGACUACAUCACGAAGCUCUCGUCUGAGCUCCAAAAGCAAGACAUAGACCUAGAGGAGUGUCUCAAGACGGAGUUUCGCUUUGCCCUAGGUGUUGAUACCCGAGGAAGGGAGCUGACCAGGGAGGAGAAUAUCGAAGAGUUUCUUCCCAAUGAUAUGGACCCCUUCGGUGAGACCGCCCCGGCUGCCAACUGGAACGACCGCAUUCAACGCCUGGCAAGGGGGAGAAUUCGCACAUGUCCUCAGUUCGAGAAUCCCGGCUCCCUGUUCUACUUUGCAAUCCGAGGAGAUAACGAACAUGGCUUGAACAUCGAGAAGACAGCGUCUAGAUUGGCUACGCUUGCGGGCGGGAUGGAUUACCUGGACACUGAACGAGACCAGCAUGAACGGCAGGUGAAGAAGCUGGAGAAAGAGAUUGAAAUCCUGCGGAACGACAAAGCGAUCUUGAGGAAGAAGCUCGAUGAAUCUAGACGGAGGGAGAAAUGCAACGAGAACGAUUACUCCAAAUCCACGGCAGAAUUCAAUUCUCUCUGCACGAAAAUUGGGCGGUUGAUCACGGAAGCCCAAGGCAGCGUCGAGCAGGCCAAGAGAUCCACGAAGGCCUCGGCCCAGCCAUUCGAAAGCGAGGCCCCUACCCGCAAGGCUUUCAAUGCCAAGAAGGUAUUCACUGGCAGGAAUUCUGGUCACAAGGCCCCCGCGCACGAUUCUGAUGACGAGGACAUCUAUGAAGAAGGUGAUCUGGGCGAUCUGCUGCCGAUUUGGCGUCCGUCAGCCAGGGCUAGCAAGAACCCAUAUCGUUCUCACACAAAUGAAUCCCGAGGGAGCAUUCCAAACCACAUUCAGGAAAUAGCUAGCCACGUUGCUUCUCGUGGUGCUUCGCAGCGCACUCCGCGCCCUUUGAGCGACACAGAAGGAGACUCGUCUGCCCCUCAGAGGAAGAGGUUCCGAAAGGAUAAGUAG